UUGACGAUGACAAACAUAGACCAAUAAUAUGUGUCGAUGCUGGCCACACACUGCUAGCCCUCUGUUGCCCAUUGGCUGGCCCAAUUGGAGGGAAUUUAGAGAGAGAGAAAAAAACAAAACAUAGCGGGCCAGACCGGCCCACAUUGGGUCAACGGCCCACCGGGACGAUGCCCGGUAUGCCAGAUGACCAGUCCACCCCUGCCCUGAGCUGUCGGCUGUGGGCGGGCUUUGACCGGCAGCAGUCCCCGCGAGUGCAGCGGUGGUGGUGUCGGUUGUCCCCAAGCUAGCAUCUGCCCAAGAACUCGCCUCUUGCUGCUCCUCAGAGUCAUUCGUCUUCGAUUUCUUUGUAAAUCCGAAAUUUGCGAGUAGGUUUCCCUGUUUUCUUUUAGACAUGACUGCAAAACAUUUAAUACGAAAUUGCGCGGGUCCAGCGGCUCUCCGAUGUCAGAUUUUAAGUGACGUUUAAGACAUAGCGCCCCCACGCUUCAAUGGUGAGGACAAUAAUUGCAAGCAGGCCGGGUAUCUUUAUGAAGAUGAUGAAUCACCCUCAAGCGCAAAUCAUAGAUUAAAAAUAGCCACAUUUUACACGUGAUCCAUGAUUAUGCAAUACCAAAACAAAUAGGAAAUGUAUGGGAAAAAACAGCAUUUUGACAAUAUUUUAGAGACCCCCCCAAAAUUUCACAAAUCAUGUUAUCAGGGGGGCUCAUGUCUCAUUAAGGGGGGCUGAGACUCCCCUGGCCCCCCCCCGUAGUUCGCACCCUGGCUACAUUAGCCUCUUUAGCAAAACCAGCCCGAAAACAAACACAACUUUACAUUGUAUUGCAUGCACAGCCACAAGACCAUGCAAUGUAUCAAUUGGUGACCGGAAUAAAGUAGCAAUGUGUGUAAGAAUAGUGUGUAAGAGCAUUUAAAAUCGACAAUAAAAUGACCUACGUUGUACAAAUAUUAAAAAACCAGCCAUUUUGUUGAGAGCGUCAUCACUGCUCUCGGUCUACUCUCAGAUUUUCGAAAGAUGAAGAAAAAACGCGGGCGUGCCUUCGAGAAAUGCCGCAAGAAAGCUGGGAGAUCUUCGACUUUCAACUCGGAAGACUGGCGUUUGAGGAUUCAGGAACACACCAUUAGCUUCUCCUCCGAGUUCCGUUUAACCCCUCCCCCUCCCUCAGAACGAUAGUUAUGUUAUUAUAACUCUAGUUCUAUGAUUGUAGGCGUAGCAGUCUAAGCUUCGCCUUAUGGGCUUGUCCCGUGCGCACUUGCGCACGGGACAUAUUGAUGGGACAAUUCAUAUUGAUGAUUUUAAUUUCAAACAUCUGCAUUUCUUUUAAGCUCAAUUAACAGUUAUGCAGGUAGGCUCUUUUGAGACUUAAGUCAUCCUUCAUGACGGACAAAUUGGUUCACUAAGUGUCACUACGUCACAAAAAGUCUACAUAUACUUGUCACUCAGUACACAGAUACUGAGUACAAGUUCUGUUUGCUGUUUCUUGCAGGUCAUGAAUUUGGUGAGGAGUGUAGCUGGCUGGCUGCGGAAGAGGAAAGACGCUUGUACCGGAUCAACUUUCAAAGCAUCAACAUAAACAAAGCAACAAAAUGUGAGGACUGCCCUCGAAGUGAAUAUAUGAUUGAAAACAUCUAUAGCAAUGAUACCCUAACCCUAACUCUGAUGUUGAUUCUCAGGGGUUCCAAGAACAGCAGCUGCCCUCCAACUGCAGUUUCAUCAACUUCAUCAAUACCCGACCUAAAAGACGCUUGUACCGGAUCAACUUUCAAAGCAUCAACAUAAACAAAGCAACAAAAUGGGUUCCAAGAACAGCAGCUGCCCUCCAACUGCAGUUUCAUCAACUUCAUCAAUACCCGACCUAAAGAAUGCCAAGGAAUCCAAAGUGGUAGAAGAUAUUAAAAAGGCCAUUGAAAACAAGAACUUUUCGUUGGCUGCAUCAAUAUUACAAAAGUAUUUGGAAGACGAAAAUAAUAUUCCACUGAACAUUGCUGUCACAGGACAGAGUGGAGUUGGAAAGUCCACAUUUAUUAAUGCCUUCAGGGGGAUAGACGACACAGAUGAGCGAGCGGCGCCUACUGGUGAGGUGGAAACGACCAUGAAGCCUAAGGCUUACCCACAUCCAACAUACCCAAAUGUUGCAUUAUGGGAUCUCCCGGGAAUCGGAACCCCCAGAUACCCAGCUGUUCAGUACAUGAAGCUCGUUGAGUUUGAAAAGUUUGAUUUUUUUAUCCUCGUAUCAGAUACUCGCUUCAAUGAGAAUGAUGCCAAGCUGGCUAAAGAGAUCACGAAAAUGGGCAAGAAGUUAUACUUUGUCCACUCUAAGAUUGACAGCAGUCUAAAUGCUGCGUCAAGGAGGCAGAAGGAGUACGAUGAAGAAAAGAAACUUCAGGAAAUCAGGGAAUACUGCAUUCAAGGACUUAAAGGACAAGGUGUGGCGUCUCCUCAGGUCUUCCUGGUGUCUAGUUUUGAUCUCCAUUUGUACGAGUUCCGCGCCCUCCAGGACACCAUGGAGAGGGAGCUUCCUUCACACAAGAGAGAUGUCCUGAUAUUAGCCCUUCCCAACAUCUGCAAAAGCACCAUUGACAAGAAGAAAGAGGUAUUCCAUUCAAAAAUAUGGCUCUAUGCUUUACUGUCUGCAACUGUCGCAGCUAUACCUAUCGCAGGGAUUUCCAUUGUGUUUGAUGUAGGCAUUCUGGUCAAGGUUAUUCGAGACUAUUUGUUGGGGUUUGGUCUUGAUAAAAGGUCGUUGGAGAAAUGUUCCAGUGCUACAAAUACACCUUUAGAUGAAUUAAUGGCAAUGUUGAAUUGUUUUUGUUCUGGAAAGGAUGUAACAAAAGAGGUAAUUAUUUUUAUGCUGAAAUCUGCUACACUUAUUCUGACUAGUUUGGCAGCAGAGGAAGGUUCCAGAUUGAUUCCUCUUAUUGGAAUCCCAAUAGCAGCUGCACUAUCUUUCACUAUAAUUUACAUGUUUUUGGAGUCUAAUCUUAACGAGCUAUCUGUUGACGCAGAAAAUAUUGUGACGAAGGCAUUGACCAUUAAGUAAUGUCAGGUCAUGCUCUAGCGUUUAGCAAUGAGGAACAAUGAACACUUCAAUUAAAACAAACCUUUUAAAACGCAAUAAGAGAAAACUCAAUUCAAUAGUCAUUAGUAGAAAGUGUUUUUAUUCAUUCCUCACGUGUUUAGUUUAAUUACUGGUGAACCAUGACAUUGGGAAAAUGAUUGGUUAUAAUGGUUUUAACGGGCAUGAUAUGUCCAGGCAUGUAUUAUCCACAGCAGGGCUAACGGGGCCAGUGCCCAGGGGCAGGGCCACGACAGGGCCCUGAACCCAAAGGCCAAUGGUAAUAUAAUAAUUAUAUAUUGAUGAUUAGAUAUUUUUACAGUCACUGGAGGAGAAAAUUUAUACAUUUUGUUAUAUAAUAAUAGAUAACAGCUUUAUAACAAUUUCUGCUGCUGAAAUGGAUAACAAUGAGGCAUAACAAGAGCAAAUCUUAUUUCUCUUGUCUUUCUAUUUCAUCUCAUUAUCAAUUACCAUGAUACAUUGACUUACUUUUUUGUUUGAUCUGAUGCCAAGUUCAAUUGUAUUUUCCUUUAGCCAAUUAAUGGAGCGAUUAUUUUUGUAUUUUUUUAUUUCUUACAUUUGUAUUAAAAUGGAUUAACCAUGACAAGAUUUUGUGAUUAUUAGCCUACAACAACAGAUUAGAUACAAUCGCUAGCACUUUGUCAUGCUUUUCAAGCACUUUGAUAUGCAUUUCAACUAUUUCCACACAAAUAUCCCAACAAACACUGUAAAGACUGGUCUCAGGACGCAACCCAUAUUUUGCAAAAGCAAUUUGAUCGAAUAUUGAAUCAAUACAGCUUGGUAAAGGGGGUAAUAUACAUAUUUCUGCCCACAUGAUGUAUAGCCUACAUAUUACCGUCCACGCUUCGCGUCGGUGUCCGGUUUGCCCUGCCGGGGCUUUUAGCUUACUGUUUUAGCUUAAUAAGGUGACGAUGGUGAUUUUAAUCACAGUAUCUCACUGCUCUGUCUACAUAUGACAUAACUGUAUUAUUUAAUAAACUAUUUACUUUGUAAUCUGAGAGUUCGGAGAAGGACCAUAAGUGCAUUUAGUUAAUUGGGCGAGAUGUCCAAUUUCUAGGCCCGAUGCAUAGGGUGUUGUGAUUGGUCAGGGGAUGUAGGGGAAAUUCACACUUAAUGGAAAUAUAACCUGAAUUCUUUGUCAAACCAAUUGUAAUUACGUGUUUGCAAGUGAUAAUAAAGUCUUUAUCUUUUAAAUCGUUAUCUUUCUCUACUGCUCGUGUUUUGUUGAAGGGUUUAAGUAUUUUUUCCACCAAGUCACUCAUAGAGAGCGCGUGGAUUCAUUAUUUUCAUUUUUUAUUCUAACAGAUUCUAGCUUUACAACAAUUAUA